CUUCAUCUCGAUCUUUCCGGCAAAAAUGGCGUCGCGAGUCGCAGCGAAACAGAGCGGUGGCGUGUUUCGGAUGUUGCAGAAGUGGUAUUACGAGCGGGCAGCCUUCAACCAGAUCGGGCUGAUGAGAGACGACGUUCUCCGGGAGACCGACGACGUGAAAGAAGCGGUGAAACGGCUUCCCGAAGACGUGUACAACGCCAGAGCUUUCCGCAUCAAACGGGCGCUCGACCUUGACAUGAAGAAACAGGUCCUACCAAAGGAGCAGUGGACAAAGUUUGAGGAGGACAUCCGAUACCUGCAGCCUUACCUGGACGAGGUUUGGAGGGAGAAGAAAGAGAAGCAGGAAUGGGACAGUCGCUAUUGAUGCUCAUGGAUCCAGACAUCUCAACAACUAGGACUUUUACAGCUACUUGAUUCAAACUAUUUUCACUGAAGGACUAAGGACACUCAGUCUUGAUCAGACAGACAAAUGUUACAGACAUUAUAAAAUUUUAUUCACCAAACAAAGCAGUUCAAACUACAUUCUUUACUAUCAGAUUGUCCAUCACAUUAAGUUUGAAGCAGAGCUGAAGAAACGUACGUCCUACAUCGUUAAGAGAACUAUAUGUUACAAGUACAUGUUUGCUUUAAGACAUAGUAUUGAACUUGGAUCCUGUUCAACUGUUUGAUUGUACAAUGUAUAUGUCACAAGAAUUUCAGAUAUCUUACGGUUAGCGGGUUAGGGUAAAGUAUUUGAAUGACAAUGGAAAAGUUGCAGAUUAAGUUGACUGACUGCAUUAAAAUAUGUUCAACUCUCA